UUUUAUGCAUAGCAUGGCCGGCGUAUGUUUGUUCGUACUUCGUUUGUGAUUUGUGUUGCAUUAAAAGAGUUGAUUUACGAUCAAAUUUUACAAUAAUAAAGACUUAUUUUAGCCUGAAACUUUCUCCAUAAUAUUUUUUUUCAUAAUUCAUAUUAAUAGUUAUUCAAAUAUUCCAUAUCCAGUGAUCUUUUAAAACUCAUCACUUACUUCAAAGUGAGGAAACAUCUUCACCUUCUAACCCUAAAACCCCAACACAAACAUCAUGACAGAGGAAUUUGCCAUCGUCAGAAAUGGGAGAGACAAGGAUGAAUCAUAUGAAGAGGAGGAAGACCAUACUCAUCAUGAGCCAAUCAUAUCACUGCCUGAGGUCCAGGUGCCUACGCUAGAGGAAGAUGAGGAGGAACUAUUUAAAAUCCGCGCGAAACUGUUCCGUUUCGACUCGAGCGAGGCGCCCGGCGAAUGGAAGGAGCGAGGCACGGGUGACGUCAAACUGUUGCGACACAAGACUCGCAACACGGUUCGUGUCGUUAUGCGUCGCGACAAGACGCUCAAGAUAUGCGCCAACCAUUUCGUGACGCCAUUCAUGGAGCUGCAGCCGAACUGUGGCUCGGACCGAGCGUGGGUGUGGUCAGUACUGGCCGACUUUGCAGAUGAAACUGCCAAAUCUGAAUUGCUAGCUAUCCGAUUCGCCAAUGCCGAAAAUGCGAAAAAAUGGAAAGAACAUUUCGAAGAAGCCAAAUCUAUAGUUGCCAAUCAAUGCGAGAUAUACACAAAGAGCUACGAUGACAAGUUCCAAACAAAAGAAGAAGAUGAAGAGGAGGAGGAGGAGGAUGAAGCAGAGGGAGAAGAAGACGGAACAAGCAGUGAUGAAAACAACGAGACGAACAAUAAGAAAGAAGCGGAUAGCAGUUUUAAACAGGUGACAUCCGAACUAGACAAGAUGUCAUUGAGCUCCACACUCACCAACAAUCUGAACCAAUCCGGGGGUGCUAUCAAGGAGAUGAACAAGGAGGACUCUUCCAAGUAGAAGCUCCUAGAUCUUGUGGAAGUCGUGCAAGGGUCUCUUGACUAUUUUGUGAGCAGCUGGUUUUACAAGAAAACAAAGUUUUUGUUAGUUGAUUAAUUUGAUAAUGUUUUAUACAAGUACAAUAAAAUACAGUUAUAUUUUUGCAUAAUGGAUGAUGAUAAGUGGAUGUAUCUGGAAACUAGAGAUUAUGUAUUUUGUUGAAUACUUUUAUCUAGAUUUAUCCAAAAAGGUGAAUCAGAGGGACAUAUUUCAAAUGUUUCUCUACAAUAAAUUUGCGCGUAAUGGCUUAUGAAUGAUGUAUGAAUGUAUUAAAAUCCGUGGUUAUGUAGGCUAUGUUGUUAGAUCCAUCAUCUAGAAUCUAGAUUAAUACAAAUAUUCUAUUUAGAUAGACGCAUUUCAAAGGUUUAUAUGUCAAAUUUGUGCGUAAUUAAAUAAUAAUAGUAGAUUUAUUUGAAAAGUAAAUGAAAGGUUCAGAACAUUUUUUAUUAAGAACGACAUUUGAGGAGUUUGAUAAGAAAUAAUUUAAUUAUUAUAAAUUGUGUUGUUGUUAGGUGUUGGAUGAUUUGAAAUUUUUUAUCAAAAUUUGUUCGUAGAAUGAAUAGUAAAACCUAACGUGAGCAUUGUUUCAAUAUUGGUGUCUCCAGUAUUGAGUUUUAUUGAUUGACUCCUUUCAGUGAAUUAUAGUCUCUUGAUUCAUUUUUAUUGAUUGAUUCAGUGAAUAGUUUCUUAAUUGAUUCCUAUUGAUUGAUUCAGUGAAUAGUUUCUUAAUUGAUUUCUAUUGAUUGAUUCAGUGAAUAGUUUCUUAAUAGAUUUCUAUUGAUUGAUUCCGUCAGUGAACAGUUUGACGUUUAGUUUGAUUAACGAAAGAUUAAAAUGAAAAUUAUACUAGCCUAAAAAGUGCCUUAUAAUGUUAGUGUUGUGAUUAAGCUUUAGUGAAUUGAGUAGAAUUGCAGUAUAAUGAGAGUAGGUUAUAGGAAGUUGACGCUAUUGGGUUUUGAUUGGUCUAGCUGAAACACUUGAUGCUCUCGUAAAUUGAGUAAUGUAAGUAAUUCACUUUAUUCUACUUGUUGCUCUUGUAGAGUAGUCUGGAGAGAGUUUAGAAUCAAAGCUAGAGUUUAGAUCUAAAGUUAGACAUUCUGGCAAUUGACUCUAUGUCCAAGUUUAGAUUGCUAGAAAUAUCAAUUUGUGAGUACAACUUUUCUCUUGGAGCAGUCUAGAGAGAGUAUAGAAGAGAGGGUUGUCUCUUAGAGAGAGAGAGAGAGAGAGAGAGAGAGAGAGUAUACUCGAAGAUCAUAGAUGACAGAUUACUCUACGAUUGCUUUAACAAGUGUUUAAGGUUUUAAAACCAAAUGUUUAGAUGUCUUUUUUUGAUGAAUCCUGUAAAAAUAAAUCUUGCCUGUCUUGUUCGAUUUCAAUUUUUGACUUAUCUUUCCAUUUGAUGAAAAAUAUUUCUUCAAUUAGCUUUGUACUUUUGGGAGGCAAAAAAUUUUCAUACAUUAAAAGUUGUCUGAAUUAUCAAUAAAAAGAUAAAUUCUUGGUUUUGAUCAAGAAAGUAUCAAUAAUAUAAAUUCCAUUCUCCUCUAUUUUUGUAAAAUUGGUAAAUUUCGGUGAUCAAUUUUUUGAAAAAAUGUAUAAAACGUAUACUAAGAAAUAUAUUUUCAGAAGAUUCAUCCUAUCAUAUUAAUUGCUUAUAACAAAUCUGAUAUUUUUUAAACCUAUUGGUAUAUUUCGGCAAACUUAUAAGAUUUUUAAAAAGUAGGACCAACUUCUUGAUUUUAGAAUGAGCUUUCAGCAUGAACGUAAGGGUAACCCUCAGCUAUUUAAUAUGUAGAGCUGUUGAGAAAAAAGUUAUUUUUAUCAUGAGAAAUGUUCAAUUAUGCAAUAUGAUUGACAAAUAAAUGACAAUAGUGUCAAUUAUUGAUUUUAAAAUUAUUAUUUCCCCACUAUUGUAAUUAACUCGAUGAUGUAAGUUUCAAAUAUUUAGAAUAUUUAUAUUUUACUGGUCCAAUUUGAAUAGCUGUUUUCAAUUAUAUCUUUCCAAAGUACUCACUAUAUUAAUGAUUUUAUAAUGUUACCAUCUAUAUAAAGUGACAAGUUCCUUUAGAUAAGUUUGGUUUGUAUAUCUGUUUUCUAUAUAAAAAAGUUAGAAUUUUAAAUCUUCAAUGUAUAAAUUACAAAAAGUACCUCACUUUUGAAGAUUUAUUUUCUGUAAAAUUUCUAAUUCAAUCAGUUUUUGCUAACAAACGACAAGUCAUGAUUCACCAGAUAAGCAUUUAUCAUAAAAUUUAUUGUUAAAAAUGAAUUGAUUUUUCAGUUAAAAGGUAGACCUGGAGGUGGGAAGUUGAAAUCUACAAUCAAGUCUCGAUCUUUGAUUAAAUUUGACAUUCUAUCAUUUGAUAUCAUUUCUAACGAUUAGUUAGUUUUACAGUUAUAUUUUAUUAUACUCUUGAAUAGCCUACUCUGCAAAAUAUUAGCUUCUAACCUACUAUUAGUAAUAGUCAUGAUUGAAAUGAAUAAAACGUACUACUAGUUCCAUUCCAUAGAAAAUAGUAUAUUUGUCCAUAAAAACUAAGGUGUUUUCAAGUUAUAUAUUAUUGUUUUAUCAGAUUUUUGAAAUUUUCAACUGUACGGUACUAUAAGUGUUCAAAAUUUCGCAAGAAAAUUGUAUAAACUUGAAAAUUUGAGUUUAUCUCUUGAAUUUUUGUAUUAAAAGUUUUGCAAAACAAUAAAAUGCAACAGCAAAAUUCAGUACAUAUCGAAAUACAAUAUCUAUAACCCCAUUUCUUUUCAGACAAUUAGGUUUCAAGACACAUGAUGAAGGAGUUUUCGCCCUCCAAUAUUUCCGAGUACGAAAAUUAUGUCGAAUAUUUUUGUAAUUUUUAACAUUGUUGGACUUACAUGUAGUAUAUUUCUAGAUACAUUAUAUUAUAUAUUUGAUGUGCCAACAUGUGGGUAGCCUAUAUAUGCUGUGUUUGAUGUAGGGUAAAUCUAGAAAAUAUAUAUUUUGAUGUGUGUCUAUUUUUGUAAAGAUAUUGUAUACUAUCUUUAUACUAUGUUGUAAAUUUCAACGACGUACCACCGUAAAAUGUAUGUGAGUUUUGCUUAAUAAAAUUGUGGAAAUGUA